AUGCUGGAGUUAACUCCGGGGGUGGGUGGCCAGCCCCACGGGGCCCCCAGAGUGCGAGGGAUGUGGUGCGCAUGCUGUGUGAACGAGGCUCCUGCAGAGGAGGUCGUAACUGCAGUAUCGGCACCUCCAGAUGCAAAGGAAGAAGAGACAAUGGAACUACGUGCAGCCUUCGUGCAGGAGCCAGCGAAGCCGAAGGAGAGCGAGCCCAAGGCUGAGACUCCCGAGAUCAAGGUGGUACCUGCUCCGCCUCCUGCUCCACCCGCUCCACCCGCUCCACCCUCUCCGGCUCCGGAACCAAAGGAGAAGGAGCUGAAAAAGAAGACAGAUUCCGCACUUGCGGUACGCCAGCCAGCAGAGUCUUAUGUUGUGAAGGUGAGCAAGGAGGGCGGGAAGCUGGGAGGAGGACUGGAUGCUUCUCAGGAAGAUUGCUGUGUUUUCAGACGAGUGGAUCUUGGAGGUGCGCUUGACAGGAAGGGUGUUCGAGUCUACGACCGGGUCGUCAAAGUCAACGGCGAAGCAAAGAAAUCCUCCGAGCUCGUUCAGCGAAUAAAGGAAGCGACUGAUCUCGAGCUUUACAUGGAGCGCCCGAAGGUUAAGGAAGUGCUUAUGAAGAAGGCCGGCAAGAAGGUGGGGCUUCGCUUGAAUUCCGAUGAAGAAUGCCUGGGUCUAAUUGUGAAGGAGGUAACCGGAGGUGUGGCAGCGGACAUGCCGAAGGGGACCUUCGAGCCAAAGGACCGAAUAGUUGAGAUCAACGGUCAAUCCAUGAAGACGGCAGACAUGCUGAAGCGUAUGUCCGAAUUGGACAGCAUCUCCUUGACAGUGUGCUCAUACAGCCUAUGA